GUCUCCACCCAGCCACGACAUCCCAAACAAACCCAGCCGCCUCCUCUCUCUCUCUGCUGCUGCUGAGGCUGCUCAGCACCCCGGUCAAAAGGAGAAAUAUUCCAUUGCCUGGGACCGCCGCUACUCAGCUGCUCAGCAAGGCGGCCGCACACAAUGAGUCGCACUAUGGCUCAAACCCAUGCCUCGAAGACUUAAGCUGCCGGUCAGGGCAAAACAGCGACUUGUAUUUAUUACUUUCAUUAUUAUCAUAUCUUAAAAGUGUGGAGUUAUUUUAGGGUUUUUUUUUUCUUCUGGAAGUUUUGGAUAUCUCUCGAGCUUUAGGCUUAACAUUAAUAAGUUAUCCCAACUGAGACGUUAACUUUUAUGGAAGUACAAAUCAAUAGCCUAUACACUAGUCACUCUGGCAUCUGUACCCUUCACGGAUAUCGCCGUACAUAUACUGUAGCACAUUAUAGACCUCACAAUUUGUGAAACUUUACGGCUGAUCCACUAAGUUAUUUCAAACACUUUUUCUGGCAUGACAUAGCACCGCAGCCAGCCAGUGGCAAUUACCUCGACUGUGAUAAAGCCUGACGUAUAAUUGCAGCAAUAGAUUUAGCAGGGUUAGCGAGUUGCCUUCCAGCCCAGUUGUGUAAGGGGCCCACUGCAUUUUCUGCUGCCUCUAUUUCACACAACAAACACUCCACGGAAUAUAAAUAGAACAGCAGCAUCAACCGACACGCGAAUAUAACAAACCGGAGCACCGUUUUCGAGGAGACCAUGCAUUGUCGCAGCCUCCUCUGCAUUGUCCUCAUGGAUUACGUGCUGCGUUGCCUGUGCCUCUCCUACUGCUCCUCGAUGGACAUGGACCUGCUCAAGCGCAAGAGGAUCGAGGCCAUCCGUGGCCAGAUCCUGAGCAAGCUCAAGAUGACGAGUCCUCCCGACCUGCCGGGCUCGGAGGAGCCGGCCAGCCCCGAGGUGCUGGCACUCUUCAACAGCACCCGAGACCUGCUGGUGGAGCAGGCGAACGCGCGGGCAGCCACGUGCGAGCGAGAACGCAGCGAGGAGGAGUACUACGCCAAGGAGGUCCACAUGAUAAGUUUGCGACCCGACAAUAAGGUGCGGCGAAAUCCUUACAACGACUACUUCCGAAUCUUCAACUUUGAUGUGACGUCAAUGGAAAAGAAUGCCUCCAAUCUGGUCAAGGCGGAAUUUAGGAUUCUACGCAUUCCCAACUACCAAGCCAAGCAGAACGAGCAGAGGAUAGAGCUGUACCAGCUGCUGGAGUUCAAGGACCCGGGGGCCCCUUCCCAGCGGUACAUCGACAGCAAGGUGGUGCGGCCCAAGUCGGAGGAAGAGUGGCUCUCCUUUGACAUCACGGACACCGUCUCUGAGUGGCUCCAGCACCGAGUGAAAAAUCAGGGACUCAAGAUCAGCAUCCACUGCCCAUGCUGUACCUUCGUCACAUCCACGAACAACAUCGUUCCCAACAAGAGUGAGGAGCUCGCCGCUCGGUUCGCAGGCAUCGACGACGAGGUGGUGAGAGGGCCGGAUGGCGGGCACCGACAGCAGCAGCAACAGCAGCAGCAGGGUCUGGUGCGGGGAGCGCACCUGCUGCUCAUGAUGCUGCCCUCGUAUCGACUCGAGACUCAGCCCCAGGGCAAGCGGCGCAAACGUGCCCUCGACGCGGCCUACUGCUUUCGCAACGUCGAGGACAGCUGCUGUCUGCGCCAACUCUACAUCGACUUCAGGAGGGACCUCGGCUGGAAGUGGAUUCACGAGCCCCGCGGCUACCAGGCCAACUUCUGCGCCGGACCCUGCCCUUACCUUUGGAGCACCGACACCCAGCACAGCAAGGUGCUGAGCCUGUACAACACGCUGAACCCAGAGGCGUCCGUGUCGCCGUGCUGCGUGCCGCAAGACCUGGAGCCGCUGCCCAUCCUCUACUACGUCAACAAGACGCCCAAGGUGGAGCACCUCUCCAACAUGGUGGUCAAGUCCUGCAAGUGCAGCUAGGCCACCGACCGAACCGACCGAGAAGCUUGCCCGGGGCGAGGGGUCAAAGGUUGACUCAGGAUGCCGACCUCUCUUUGCCCGAGAUAAGGCCUUGGUGCGGGCGAACAAAGACUUGCCACGAGUUCUGUAUGUGGCGCGUAAAACAAAAAAAUAUCAUAAAAAAAAAUAGAUAUAAAAAUUAAACUAAACGGUGGCAUCACCAAACGAGGUGCGGUCUGCCCCGCCACGCUUGUGGGUGGACUCAGCGUGCGUUGGUGCUAUCGUGCGCGCUCCCGUGUGUGCUUGCGCGCGUGCUCUGAGCGUGCCUCAGUGGCGUCUCCACUUCGAGGUUAGCCGUAUCUGUUUCGCGCGUGCGUGUGCUUUUAGUUUAUGAUCCUCUGGUCUUGGAACAAUGCUUCUGCAAGCAGACAUGAGUGUUUAUUAAACGCUUGGAGAGUGCUAGAGUGCGUAAUCAAAAAGCCCGUCUUUAUCCGGCGUCGCGUGCUAAAGCCAAUUAUUACAGAUGUUCACUUCGUUUUUUGCCGUAUGACGUUUCGGCCCGAUCUUGCAUGGAACAUCCAUCCUGCAUUCCAUGCCUUUAGCUUUACACCUCAUCUGCUUUUUUUUGUGUUCUGUGUCUACCUACGUCGUGAUUGAGCGUACAGCAGCAGUGUCAAUUUACGUCCGUUCUUCAAAUAUGGUACUUGUUUGUACUUCUCUGAACCCCAAGGCGAUUGCUCAAUAAUCAGACAAAACUAACGCCCGGUAAACAUUUCUCAGACAAUUUUGAGUCUAAACGUCAGCAGUGCACGUAUCCAAGGGAGUUUCUUGAAUCUACCAUUCACAUCACGUGUGUGAGUGAACCUCUGAUUAACCCGGUUGGCUACAUAUGGUGCAUCUGACAAGGCUUCUCUGUGACAUAUACAAAUUUUAAGUAACUUGGGAUUUUACAAACCUAGAAUAAAUGCGCAACUACAACACAUUGAAAACGAUAUCCAUCCAUUUUUGCUGUGUCCAACGGCAGCAAAUGCGUCUAGGAUAUACUUACACCUUUGGCCUCUUGAGGUUACUGCCUGCAUGAUCCGGUGUGGAUCAUAAUUUUCCUUUCAAUCCAUUGAGCGAGUCUUUGAAAUCCCCACAAUCCGCUUCACUAGCUAGCAGCCGUCUUUACACGGAACAAAAACGGGUGUGAAAUUCCUCACCAUCAGCCUCUAAGCAGACGCAAACAAUCACUGAGAAUUGAGUGCAAUCGUCUGUGCGUGAAUCUAGAUGCGUUUACGAAACUAGUGUCGCAGUGACUGUUGAGGGGUGUGUUGCCAUCUUCGUUUAUAAAAGACUCAUUCCCUAAUUGCGAGCCAGCUUUGCGGUGGUUUUAAUGUCAUCCCCUUACAUCAUCGUGACUUCUUUACACAUGUGUCUUCCCGACACAGAUAUAAAAUGUCUCAAACCGCAAGCAAAGUGCCGCAAACGCAAAUUUUGACUCCACUCUUUGGUAUCACCGCAUUAGCUGCGCUUUUAUGCUCCGGUUAAGUUUGGCGGCAUCUGUCUGCCCGCUCGAAUCGCGCAGCGCAAAGUCACUGAACUACGGCGCGUUGAAAUUCUCCUUGUUUUUUGUUGUUGUUCCUGGAUAUCUAUCGUCAGCGCGCUUCAUCAUGUUCCGAUUUUAAGCGUGCCAUUUGCUCAUGUCGAGCAGUGUGGAUGUAGAGCGGUGCGGUCCGUCGCGGGGUUUUUGACAUGCCACAGCCGAGGCUGCAGAGAGGCUGGUUUUGUAAGAGUCGCCCGCCGUUGCGAGAGCACGCAAGCCGUCCGUUCAUUUGCCCGGAUGACCUGCACAUUAUUAAUGCAGGGCAAUCACAAACUGUGUUACAUCUGCCAGUCUCCAGUGUGGAAACUACAGUCGUGAUUCAAGAACUCUUGUCAAAGGUGUAGCAGUAAUCGAGUGCAGAUUGUUGUUUUGUAUAGAAACUGGAUGGCUUUAUUUUAUGCUGGAUGAAUAUUGUUUCAUGUUUCCUUCUGUGGGUAACUCUGGGAUCGAAUUAAUACCAGAUCCUUUCGUUGUUCUAAUAUCAUUUACAUUAGCAACCUUGAUAUUGCGGCAGUUUAGCACACACUUUUAAGAUGUUUCUGAGAGAUGGGACUGUCUAAUCAUUUACUUUUCUGUGCAUUAGCUUUAAACCUUGAGGGAUGUUUUUUUUUGUAAAUAUAUUUACUUUAAGUGUUUUUAGUUUAGUUUUUUUCGUGGCUUUUUUACACUGUACCUAUUCGGAUUAUAUACAGUGUUGUAAUAUCUUUGGGAAACUCUGACUUAACAUUUUUUACGUCUAGGGAUAUAAUGAUUUGCCCCCUCUACUAGGAGGUGAAUUAUCACGAUUCAGAAUCACAAUUUAUUCGACAAAUAUUUUUUUUGCCUUUGCUAUGCAAGUGAAAUUUAUGUAUUCAUAGACAAUAUAGUGGUAUGGAAACUAUACGCAAAAAAAUCUUAUUUGAUUAUUGCAAAACUAUGUGCAUACAUUAUAAGCGUAGAAUUGACAUUGAAUUUGAUAAUAAUUUAAUUUGAUUUUUGAUUAAGCGUCGAUUGUGAUUAAAGAAUCACUAUCGCUGAUAAUGUCAAUUCAAGUGUACAGGUGCUGGGGUUAAGCUAAUCGACGUCAAUACUUGCCAUGCAAUUAAUCCAUCUGUGCUGCCUGCUCUGGAAUAAAUGCCCGCUUGAUGAUGAUAAUUAUUACAAUGGUCUCACCCCGAUUGGCCUGAUCAGUUGCAGUGUACGUAGCAGCUGUUAUUGAAGGAACUAGCAUGAGUCAGAGCGAGGGGGAGGGCUCCCAGUAUAGCUGACAUGGGCGCAAUAAACAUUGCAGCCGCGUUCCGAAGAGACAAUGCCAACAACUCACGUAUUGUUUGUGUGAAAUUGUAAAACUCGACAGCUGAAAUAACGCAGCGCCACUCACUACUUGCCCGCGGCUGUGGCCGCUAAGAGGGAGCCGUUGUGAGGGUUAUUGAGGCCGAAAUUAUUUGCUGGGAAUAUUUUUUUUUCCUCUGUGUGCAUUGUGCUUAAGCUGUGUUUAACCUUGGCUUCUAAUAAUAGCUGACAGUUGUUUGAAAAAAAAAACUUUUGAAAAAGAAACUAAAAAAACGAAUUCAAAUGCCUGGAAGGAGAUGUGGCUUUAAUCAAGUGAAAUGGUAAUAGUUGCUUAACAAAUUACGUCCGUGUAAUGUUUUCCACGUAAAGUUAAGAGCGUGCGUUUUAGUUGUUGGAUAAGGGUUUUUUUAUGCUGAAAUAUGUUCAAGUACGUACAUAUUUUGAACUUAUUUUGCACCGUACGUAGCCAACCGUGCUAAUCGGAGUUGCGGGGGAAGGACAACAAACUAAACACAAAAAGCAUUUCUAAAUAAAUGAGUGUUCAAUCUAGUGCAUAGCUCCAGUGGCUUCCUAAUAUCGGAUAGAAGAGCGUUCCAGACGGCCGCAGAAGCGCAUCAGCAAGCGCGCGACGCAGCGACCCUCUUUGCUCGAUAGCGGUCACUGCGUCGCGCGCUUUCAGAUGCGCUUCCUCGGCCGUCUGGAAUGCGUGUCAACGUUGUUCCAACUCGCGCUUGAAUGCAGGGAGGUGAGCGUUUCUCCGCGCCCGCCCAUAACACCGGCGAAUUCCAUUCAGCAAGAGACCGAAUGUGCGAGGAGGUCAACACUCUUUAGAAUGGGGAAGUGAAAGUAGGCAUAGAUUUGCACUAUUAUUUUUUGUUCGUUUAAAAAAGUUAAUCUCGAGCAUUGUGUUACAUUUACGCCGUUUUAUAAGUGCUAUACUAUAACUCAUGAAUAAAUAAAAAAUGGUCUAAGCAUCUCCAUGCUGAAAUAAGCGUGGGGACAUUUUUUUCUUCUGUUGACAGUCCUGAGCUAAAGUGGUGUCAAAUCCACAUUCGUAUGGCAGGGUCAGUCUCGUACUGUGCACGCAAAUUGGGCUUCUCGACAAUGACACCGCAAGGUCGACGCGAGAGCGUUGAUGUCUUUGUCGGAUUGUUACUGAGUGUUGUUCGGCACCAUGUCCGACGUUUCACUGCACGUGUUUGGCUGGGACCUUCUUCAGGCGCAUCAUGCAGAAAACGACACGUGGUGCAACGAAAACACACAGCGGAUGGCUAUCUUUAUCCAGCGCAACCAUGUUCUCCUGUUGUUGUGACAAAAAUUAACGAAUUUGCGAUGAUACAUUUACUUGUUCUCAUAAUUUCACCUGACCAGGUGAAGACCAUUAUUGCCCAGGUUAAGUGCUUGCCCCAGUAGAAGGUCAGGUAUUAACCAAAUGGAACUUUCGGCACGCUGCCCAUUACAAUUAAGCAUCUCUGACACUUCACAAUCGAACCAUCUGAGUGCUGUAAUUGUAAUUAGAUGAUCAAGGCAGAUAUUAGUAAUCCAAUUUCACUCGAUUUUUAAUACUUGUAUUCGGGGUUUAACAAUUGCUCUGAAUGUAGCCGCUUAUUUUUUUUUUGGAAAAUCAUACAAUGACAUUUAAAAUGGGAAAAUUAUAUGACGAGCUUUUGGUUCAUGGAAUGGAGGGGCAAAUAGUCGUCAAUGCGUGUCAAUGAUGCGACAAGUCCUGCAGGUUACGCACCACAUUGUGGUUAUUUUCCAACAGUCUACAAAGUUUUUUUUUUUUAAAGCAAUCAUUAACAGUUAUCAGAAUACUUUGAACGUAAAAAAAUACGGGAUUACAUUUUAAAAUAAUUGAGUAACCAGUAACCAAGGAUGUAUUACGUUUCACAAGUAAUUAUCUCCAGCAAUUUGUAUCAGUGAAGGCAAGGCCUGCUCCAACUGUUUGAUCAAUUAAUUUGAGCAUCAUUGUAUUCUUGUACCAUGUAUAAUCGAGUGUAAUUUUGAAGGGAGAGUUAAGGAAACUGGGGUCGGGGGUGGGGGAAGGAUUUUAUCAGUUGUCAGCGCUGAUGCAUUCGUUGUAAAGUUUAAGACAUCCGUCCGAUUGCGAAUGACGAUGUGUUUGGAGCAGGUCCUGGAGGUCAAUGAUUGUCUACUGCGCAGCAGCUGCACGAUCUGGUGGAGGGUAGGGAGCGUUGGGCAGUGACGAGGAGAUGAUCGUGUUGGUGGCAUCAUUAGCUUUGGCCUACCAAUGACAUCUUCAUCUCUGAAUAUGCUAUGUUGGCAGUUGUCCGUUAUGCUGCGUUGUACGCUUAACAUUUGUCAAACCCAUUGUCGUUUUUUAACAUGCAUUUUUCUUUUAAGAGUACCAUUAUGGUGCAUUGCACUGCCCAUGGUAUUAAAAGUUCAAUGUUGAGCCUAGGGAUGUGCCAGGCAAUGUUUAGAGGUGUUUAUCUAAAUCGUAUGUAUCCGUACCACUGCAGUAAUGUUAAUGAGCUGUAGGUCGUUUGAAGGUUGUAGAUCUUAUUGUAAUACAGAGCGGUCGUAGACGUUUGACGCAACUUUGGCUUCACAUUUUAAUAGCGCUUGACCUGGUGUUUUGUCGAGGUGACGGUUUUAGUUUGACCGCAGCUCAGUUAUACUGACAUUGCUGCCACAAUUAAAAAGCAAUUACAAUGCAGGUAUAAAGAGUUGCUUCAACAUCACAGCACAAUCUAGUCGCCACAAGUUUAGGUUUGACCCAGUAGAUUUAUGCGCUGCAUGUGAGAAUUAAGCCAGACGACAAUAUGUCUCUUUGUGUGGAAAUAUAACUCGGUUUAACUGAAAUAUUAAACAAGGUAUUUGAUUUCACACA